CUGGUUCUCAAGUUACUUCCUGAAUUCUGCACCUAUGUGUGUAUUCUGUAUUCCUUGGCGAUCAGUUUGAUCUGCUUAUUUUCUACAUGGCAUCAUACUUUGAUGAACAUAACUGUGAACCCACUGUUGCAGAGGAGCAGUACCGUCAGAAUGCCCUAUUAGAGCUCGCAAGGAGUCUUCUGAACGGUUUGGACAUUGAUCUUGGAGAUGUGGAUUUUACAGACUGGGAUCACAGACUGCCCCCUCCAGCGUCAAAAAAAGUGGUGGAUAAUUUGCCAAAAGUCACAGUGACAGCAGAGCAAGCAGAUGCUGCUUUGAAGUGCCCGGUGUGUCUGUUGGAAUUUGAAGAGGGAGAGACAGUGAGGAGGUUACCUUGUGAGCAUCUCUUCCAUUCCGCCUGCAUCAUUCCUUGGCUCAACAAGACCAAUUCAUGUCCUCUCUGUAGAGAUGAGUUGCCGACAGACAGUCAGGAAUAUGAGGAGUACAAAAAAGACAAGGCACGGAGGAAGCAGAGAGAGCAUCGGCUGGGAUAUUUACAUGACGCUAUGUACACCUGAAAAUCUGCAUCUGAGCAUCCCGGGAUAGCAUCAGCAUUUAACCCUCAGCCACUGCCGUAACAGGGAGCCUGAAUGUCACUGGUAUAAGUGCAGAUGAACGGGGGGGGGGGGG